AUGGACAGUGACGGUGCUUGGGAUAUGAUCGUAGCUGGUUAUGCAGACGCAAGCAAUCAGCUUUCAAUAACGAAACGACAGGCUACUGGGCCAAAACCCCAUUGUGCAUGUGCCGCAGCAAUUUCCACCUGUCCUCCAGGACCACAGGGACCGCCUGGAAUUCCAGGACCACCAGGAGAGCCAGGAAUGGACGGAACACCGGGCAGUCCGGGUGUAUCCGGUAUAGGAGUCCUCGUCCAACAACAAACCGAACAAGCA